UCAAUAGAAGAAGGAUCCCGCUCACAAUGAAAGGACUAAUAUUGUGUGUUUUGGCCAUUGUGAUGCUCACACCUGCUCGAGGUGAGGAGAAGGAGCAACCAGAGCAGCUCAUGGAGUCGAUGGGAUUUGAGGAAGAGGAGAUUCUAGAGUGUUUCCGUUGUGACCUGGGAUUCUGGGAUGCCUGCUACACAACCGAAACCAACUGCAGUGCAGGGGAGCACUGCUACACGGGCCGAGGGAAGGCAGCUGAUACUCUGGAUGUUAAGACUCUGGGUUGUGUGAAAGCAGACGAGUGCGGAGUGGAGACCACAGUGGCGCUCUUCUCUAACAGCACCAUCUUUGUCAUGACCAAACACUGCUGCGACACCCCCUUCUGCAACUCGGCACACAGACUUUCAAUCGCCACACUUCUGUGUCUCACUGUGGCUGUGCUAACUACCUGGCACCUCACUGAAGCCUCAACGGGCUCACGAUGAACAACCUGCAUUUAUUUAUUUAUGUUGUCAGAACAAAAAGAGAAAGACUGUGAAGUGAUGCUGAAAGGACUUCAACCAUAUGGUGGGGAAAAAAAUCACCAGCUUUGUGGAAUUUUUGUACUGUGCAGCAGACUACUGAAUUAGGAAACACUAAUUAGAUAAUUAUGGGAUAAACAUAUUUAGAAAGAAUUUAAUUCAGCCAAGGAGCAAAUCUGUUUGUACCAUAUUGAACAGAACUGACACUUUUGCUAAACAUAAACGUCUGGAACACAUGCAGUACAAUAAAUAAACCAGCUGAAAACAUCCGAUAGUGAACGAGUGAACUGACCACAGAU